UGCUCAUCAUUUCCUGACGUCCGCAGACAAAAGAGAUUUUUAUUUCCUUUUCAUCACGUGUGAUUAAAAAAAUUUUGAUCUGCCGGUUUUGAUAGAGACGUUGAAUUUGCGAUGGAUGAUAGUGAUCAACCGCUUACAAUAGGAGCGGCAGCUUGGCAUGCGAGACGUGCGGCAUGGCGAACCCCAUCCACUACCGAAGCACCCACCAAUUUCGCAACAGAGUCUACGGCAUGGUUACAAGAUCUUCCAAGAGAGGCCCAACUGAAUAUAUACCAACAUCUGGUCAAUGAACGUCGACAAUUGAAUCAACCAUUGCCCUUGGAGAUUGUGGUAAAAGUCCUCGUCACAGGAUGGAAAGAGAAUGGCACUUGGCCCAACUCCACCCACGGCGCUUGAUCAUCGUAACCACGUGACAACUGCAUUUCCCUUUCUUUUUUUUUUUAUUUAUCCUUCCAUUAUUCCUCUUAAACUAGAUGUCAGAGUUUGAGCUGCUUCAUUUAGCAAUGAUAGUUUUGUACUUUGUUUUAUAAAUAUGUGGUUUUUCUU